UAGUUAUAUUGUUUUGUGAGAACAUUAUAUGUUAUUUUACAAGUACCUUAGUGAGUUUUAAUAAUUUAUGUGAACUGUUAUUAAUUGAAAGAUGGCUGAGAAAUUACUUAAGAAUCAAAUUGAUUUAUUCGAAAGGUUGGAGAAAGCUCAAAGUAACUACAAGAAGAGUCCGAAAAGUAGAAUAACUAAAGGUUAUGUGGAGACAAGAAUUAACAUUUUAGAAAAGUUACAUACAGAAUUCAACAGUAAUCAUAAGGAACUUAUUCAGAUAAUCAAACCGGAACAAGCGGAAGUCCUACCGUACUUUACUAAAGAUGCACAUGAUGAGUUUGAAGAAAUGUACAUCGCAUAUAUGUCGGAUCUCAAGGAAUUACAGGAUAAGUUCACUGAAAAACAUAAAUAUGAAUCGAAUACUAUGCCGUGCAAUGAAGUUAAACUUCCAAGAAUACAAUUACCAACGUUCAGUGGUAAUUAUGAGGAGUGGCAGACAUUCUACGAUAUGUUCGUGUCACUAAUUCACAACAAUGAG